UUGACCGCAUGUAGGUAGCAGCUCGCUGCUGCUGCUGCUCUCAUAGACACUCGGCUCUCCUCCAGCCCAGCCCGCGUCUGCUUUUCCCCCUACACAGCUUUUUUGAUUAGUUUUUCUUUUUUUUUUUGUUUAAUAUUUGCCAUCAUGGGUGUCAAUAAAAUGUACAUUAAAGUCGGCUAUGCUUCGUUUGGUACGAUCGUGGGCUUUUCAGCCUUCCUGGUGUGGAACUUGGUGUACAAUCAGCCGUGGACUGGAGCCAUGGGAGGACUGUCAGGUGUGCUGGCACUCUGGACCCUGAUCACUCACGUCAUGUACCUGCAGGACUACUGGCGGACCUGGCUGAGAGGUCUCAGGUUUUUCUUCCUCAUCGGGAUUGUCUUCUCCCUGCUGGCAAUCGCGGCCUUCUUUGCCUUCCUGUGCAUCGGCGUCCUGUACGAUGACAACUUUGAUGACCCUCAGAGUUUCUUCCUGUCCUGUGUGUGGAGCUUCAUGACCCUGAAGUGGUCCUUCAUGCUCUCGCUUGCUGCUCACCAUUACCGUGUGGAGUUUGAGGACAUUAGCAUCCUCAGUGACUUCUGAGGGAAUGUCCUGCACCUCACAGUAGAUACUCAGACUUUGCUCUCACAAUGUGGAGGUGAUGCAAGACGGAAAAAAUAAUAAUAAUUUUUUAUUGUUCACAGCAUCCAGGCCAGUGUCUCCAUCUCACUACUUAUUUAUUCAUUUUAAAUUCUGAGCAGGGUUUUUCAUUGACUUCUAAACUUUUUAGAUAAAUCCAGCCCUGUUUUCUAUGAGCCUAGACAGGUUUUAUUUUCUUACUUGUUCUUUUCCCAAACAUCUGCACAGUGUCCUCUUGAUAAAAUAUUUCUAGAAUAUGGUAUUUUUUAAACCACAUCUCAGUGAAGGAAAUUCUUACAAAUUAACAGACUCUUCUGUGAAAAUAUUCAGUUUCAUGCUGCAGCCACUAGGGGGUAUCACUCUUCUAGAUAUAACCGUACAGUCAUAGACGUUUCUUUUCACUCCAGCUGUGUAAUAUUUGUAUUUAAGGUUUUUUUUUUUUUUUUUUCACAAGUUGCAUAUAUAGUGAUCAGAUGAGGAAAUCUGAUCCCAAAGCACCAAUCCUAUGAUGAAUAUAAUGCUUUAAAGUCAUGCACUGCUUUAACAGUGUGUCAGGGCCUUACAGAGGGCACCAUCAGUGCUAGGCUUUCUUGUACAAUUCCAGGUACAAGUUCUGGUUCUGUAUAACUGUGAACCGUGAACCUGUGUUUUAAUGUGAAGAGUGGUUUCUGUAAAAGUCUUUUUUUGUCUGUGUGACAAAAAUGGAAAUGGAUAUUCAUUUGGCCGUGGUGACAAUAAUAUGCAUGCCUAAGUAAUCAUGCUGCUUUGUUUUAUAUCGACCUUGUGAAUCCCAUUUAUGGACAUUUAUACUGUAGGGUGUGCCUGUAUACUCCUGUGUAUGAUGUACACUUUGUUUAACCACAUGUAUCAUUUGACUGAAUGCAGGAGUGUGUGUUUUUGCAGAACUGUGUCUAAGAGUGCUGUUAAUAAAG